AUGCGAUCGGGCGAAGACAUGCCCAAGUUCGCUUGGACAAAGAUCAAGAAGGCAGCAAGGCGACUCACGCACUGGGUCAGUGGAUCUUUCAUCCGGUCGUGGGCGCGGUCUGUCAGGAGAAAGUGGCAGGAAACGGACGCGCAACAGCUUCGCAUGGCGCAGCUUUUCCGCGAAGCCUUCCCCGACCGCGAUUGGAACUAUGGAAUCCGGCACGAACCUUCGUUGUCGAUACGAGUCAAUGGCGCCGACUGUGGUGUUGAAGCGCUUAUGCUUGGUGUUGUCACCAGCAUAGGAGGGUUUCUCUUCGGCUACGACACGGGUCAGAUUUCUGGCAUGCUUCUCUUUACCGACUUCCGGAAACGAUUCGCAACCGGUCCCGAAGAAGAUGGCAUUCCGACAUGGGUUUCCAUUACCCAGUCUCUUAUGGUGUCGCUGAUGAGCAUCGGCACUCUUCUCGGCGCCCUAUCCGGAGCUUACACGGCCGACUGGUGGGGCAGGCGGCGGAGUUUGAGUUUCGGAGUCGGUAUCUUCAUCAUUGGAAACAUCAUCCAGAUCACUGCUAUGAACAGCUGGCAACAUAUGAUGAUGGGCAGAUUCACCGCAGGAUUGGGAGUUGGUAACCUCUCCGUCGGCGUGCCCAUGUUCCAGUCCGAAUGCUCGCCGAAGGAAAUUCGAGGUGCCGUCGUGGCUUCAUACCAGCUUAUGAUCACCUUCGGUAUUCUCAUUUCCAACCUCAUCAACUUCGGCGUCCGCAACAUCCAAGAGUCAGACGCCUCAUGGCGUAUCGUCAUUGGCCUCGGUAUCGCCUUCGCCUGCCCGUUAGGUCUUGGUAUCCUUGUUGUCCCGGAAUCCCCUCGCUGGCUUGCUGGUCGACACGAUUGGGAAGGUGCCCGUCUAGCCAUGGCACGUCUCCGUGGUAUGAAGGACGAUCCUAACAAUGAGCUUGUCGAAACAGACCUUCAGGAGAUGUUCAAGGUCCUUGAGGAAGAAUCCAAGACUGGAACCGGUACCUGGGCUGAAUGCUUCACCGGAUCUUCCGGUAUUCCCAAGACAGUAUACCGCACUCUGCUUGGAAUGACCCUGCAUUUCCUGCAACAAUGGACUGGAGUCAACUACUUCUUCUACUAUGGAGCCACGAUCUUUGAAUCCGCUGGAAUUGAGGACCCUAUCAUGACACAGCUCAUCCUUGGAGCCGUGAACGUCGCGCUCACCUUCUACGGUCUGUACGUCGUUGAAAAGUACGGUCGAAGGUGGCCACUCUUCAUCGGCGCUAUAUGGCAGGCUGCCUGGCUUGCUGUUUUCGCAGCUGUCGGUACUGCCAUUCCUCCCGAGAACAGCCGCACGACUGGCAUCGUCAUGAUUGUAUCAGCAUGCAUGUUCAUUGCUUCGUUUGCAGGCACCUGGGGUCCCAUGGCGUGGUGCGUCAUCGGUGAACUCUUCCCGCUGCGUACCAGAGCAAAGCAGGCAUCGCUUGCCACUGCUGGAAACUGGCUCGGAAACUUCCUCAUCUCGUUCCUCACUCCUCUUGCCGAUUCAGGCAUCUCAUACGCGUAUGGCUUUGUCUUCGCUGGCUGCAAUUUGGCCGGUGCACUCUUGGUGUGGUUCUUCCUCUACGAGUCCAAGGGCCUGUCCCUUGAGAAUGUCGACAGGAUGUACAGCGAUCCUCAUGUAAAGCCCUGGUCCUCUAGCAAGUGGGUACCACCAGGCUACAUCACUCGCAAGCAGAAGGAUGAAACAGCCUUCCACCGUGGCUCUACGACUACCGACCACACAGCCGUCGGAGAUGGGCAUCAUAAGGAGAAGGCCAGCGAAUACAGACCUUUUUCUGAGCAUCAUCAAGCCAAGACUGAGUCUACUUCCAACGCAGUCUAG